AUGGGGGGGGGGGGGUUCGGGAUAUCUGGGGUGUUGUGUACCGGGGGGGUGGGGGGGGCGCUGGGGGGUCUCAUGUGGGGGGGGCCCACCGGGGGGGGGGUCCUCGGGUCGCUAGGCGGGGGGGGUCGCCGGGGGGCGGGACGUGGUCACCACACCCCCCGCCGGGGGGGACUCUUCCCCCCUGGGGUGAGGGGGGGGUCCCCGGGGGGUGUUCAGCCGGUCUCGGGGUGGGGUAGGGGUGUGGGGGGGAGUAUCUCGUCGACGGUGUGGUGGGGAAGGCUCAACGUGGUGUGUGUGGGGUGGGGGGGUGUGUGUGGGUUGGACGUGGAAUCGUUGGAUGAGAGCAGCGAUAGUGCAAAAGCAGGUGUCCCCACUGUGCACCUGCUCUUGGUCGACGACGAUGAUUGA